AUGCGCGUGGCGUAUCUGGAUUGUGUGAGCGGAAUCAGUGGUGACAUGACCCUGGGGGCGCUGGUCGACGUAGGCGUCGAUCUCGAAGUGCUCAACGAGGGGAUCGCCUCGCUGAAGUUACCCGGCUGCCGGUUGGUGGCCGAGGAGGUGAAGAAGAAAGGCUUCCGUGCCACGCAGAUCACGGUCGAGCAUGAGCCCGAGCACAAGCACCGCCAUCUGCACCACAUCGUGGAGAUGAUCGACGGCAGCUCGCUCACCGACAAUCAACGUGACCUGGCGAAGCGGAUCUUCCAACGGUUGGCUGAAGCCGAGGCCAAGGUGCACGGCUCCACGAUCGAGAAGGUUCACUUCCACGAAGUCGGCGCCGUCGACUCGAUCGCCGACAUUGUUGGUUCGGCCAUUGGCUGGGAUGUGCUCGGCGUCGAUCGGGUGGUGGCCUCGCCCGUGCCGACGGGGACCGGCUACGUGAAGAUUGCCCACGGGCGAUGUUCGAUUCCGGCUCCGGCUACGGCCGAAAUGUUGGUCGGUGUUCCGUUGGUCGAACUGCCCAUCGAAGGCGAACUGACUACGCCCACCGGUGCGGCCAUCCUCACAACGCUGGCCGAAUCGUAUGGCCCGUUGCCCGCGAUGCGAAUUGAACGCAUCGGGCUGGGAUCGGGUCAAAAAGACUUGGAAGAGCAGGGCAACGUGUUGCGGUUGCUGCUGGGCGAAACCGUGGAGGGUGCAGUCGCCAGCGACUUGGUGUGGGUGCUGGAAACCAACCUCGACGACACAACCGGUGAGACGAUCGGUUACUGCAUCGAGCAGCUAUGGGAAGCCGGUGCGUUGGACGUUUACACCACCGCAAUCCAAAUGAAGAAGAACCGGCCCGGGGUGGUGCUCACCACGCUGUGCGAAGGUUCGAAACUUCAACAGAUGGAAGCCAUUCUGUUCCGCGAGACCACUACCCUCGGCGUGCGGCGCUGGCAAGCCAGUCGGCGGAAGCUCCAGCGGAAGCCGCACGAGGUGGAUACGCCUUGGGGCAAAGUGCAGGGCAAGCUCGGCUGGUUCGAGGGCGGAGCCGUGAACUUCUCGCCUGAGUACGAUUCGUGCAGCAAGCUGGCGGCGGAUAAGAAGGUUCCGCUGCGCUCGGUGUACGCUGCCGCCUGCAAGGCAUUUGAUGCCGAAGGAUCCCGUGCGAUGUAUCUGUUGGCCGAUUUUCAAUUCGUUUCGCUAUUGCCGGUGCUGGUGAUGGUACCGGUCACCGUGUGGAUGAUGCGUCGGGUUUAUCGCCGGCAGGCGCGCCGCGAGACCGACGCCCCUUCGCCGCGAGUUCAAGCCCGUCAGCAGCGUUUACAAUCUUCAGGCACACUCGGAGAAGACGCACCCGCCCAGGUGGCGCAGUGGGAAGUGCAUAUGCACGAGACCGCGCGGGAGUUGAGUGCCCGACUCGAUAACAAAAUGCGGGCGCUGAACCACUUCAUCGAACUGGCCGACGCGGCUUCUGCCCGCAUGGAAGGAUUGCUUGCCGAGGUGCGAGCCCAACAGGGCGACGGCGCCGGCAAAUCCGAGGUGGUUUCGAAACCGAGCUAG